AUGAGCGUGGCGGGGAAGCAGCCUCCUCCAGCACCGCUCGAGCGGCCCGGCAGCCUCCUCGUCCCCACCUGGACUAAAACUGGUAUUGCAUUGUUGUAUGAUGAAGUAUCUGAAAAUGCUUAUGACAUCCGACUGAAGCUUACAAAAGAGGUAUUAACAAUUCAAAAACAAGAUGUCGUCUGUGUUAGUGGAAGUGAUCACAGUGCAAAUCACAGAACUGUUACACUUCGUAGACAACCAGUUGGUGGCUUGGGCUUAAGCAUAAAGGGUGGUGCUGAGCACAAAGUGCCUGUCGUCAUAUCAAAAAUAUUUAAAAACCAAGCAGCUGAACAGACAGGAAUGUUAUUUAUAGGAGAUGCAAUAAUACAGGUUAAUGGUAUAAAUGUAGAAAGUGCUACCCAUGAAGAAGUGGUACACCUACUGCGAAAUGCUGGCGAUGAAGUUACCAUCACAGUUCAAUACCUCAGGGACGCUCCAUCAUUUUUAAAGCUCCCAUUAGGUUCCCCUGGACCAUCCAGUGAUCACAGCAGUGGAACUUCAUCACCUCUUUUUGACAGUGGCUUACAUUUAAAUGGAAACUCAACUAACACGGCUCCAUCAUCACCUUCUUCACCCAUAGCUAAUGAACCAAAAUACGAGAAGCGCUGGCUAGACACCCUAUCAGUUCCUCUGUCGAUGGCUCGAAUCUCGAGGUACAAAACCGGAACAGACAAAUUAAGAUCUAAUGCAUUUGAAGUGCUGGCACUCGAUGGAGUUAGUACUGGGAUACUUCAGUUUUAUACAGCCCAGGAGAGUGCUGACUGGCUGAGAGCAAUGUCAACUAACAUCAGUGAUUUGACACUUCAAAAUAUGAAAAUGGCAAAUAAAUGCUGUUCUCCCUCUGACCAGGUCAUACAUAUGGGAUGGGUAAAUGAGAGACUUGAAGGAACUGAUUCAUCUCAGCUCUACAAAUUCAAGUUUCUGGCCCUGAAGGGUUCAUCCUUCUACAUUUUCAGCACUCCACCGGUAAGCACACUAGACUGGGUACGAGCUGAAAAAAUCUAUAACCUCUGUGAGGUUCUAUUUAAAAUUCACAAGAUGAAGAAUCACAUACUGAAACAUAUCUUUCAGCUCUGGCUUGCUGAUGAUUGCUGGCUACAAGCAAACUUGUAUUUAGGUAUUCACCAGGACUUUGAUCUUGAAGACCAGAGGCCGUAUUGUUUCAGUGUUAUGGUCGGACAUGGCAAGAGCCACUAUUUCAAUGUAGAGCUGGGCAGUGAAUUGGCAGUGUGGGAGAAAUCAUUCCAAAGAGCAAUUUUCUUGGAAGUUCAAAGAACAGGGUCUAAAACAUAUAUGUGCAGUUGGCAAGGGGAUACCCUGUGUUUCACAGUCGACUUUGCUCUAGGAUUUACCUGUUUUGACAGUAAAACAAAGAAUGUGCUAUGGAGGUUUAAAUUCUCUCAGCUCAAAGGCUCAUCAGAUGAUGGGAAAACAAGAGUAAAGCUGCUUUUUCAAAAUAUAGACACCAAACAAAUUGAGACAAAGGAACUUGAAUUUCAGGAUCUGACGUCAGUUUUACACUGUAUUCACUCCUUUAUAGCAGCAAAAGUGGCAUCUGUGGAUCCAGUAUUCAUAGACAGUCAGAGUAUUGCAAGAAAAUAUAUGUACAGUAACUGA